AUGACGAAUUAUGAAAAUGUUGUUAAAUUGUUGCAGAAUCGAUCUUAUGGUGGUGUUAAAUCAAGGACUUGUUCACGCCAGACCAAAGUUGCUCUCGAUCUCAGUAUUCUAAAACAUUUAGUGAGUAACAAGAGCAAACGAGAAUACACAGAGAUCACAAGAAUAUCUACACAAGGACUAGUACACUACUCGAACGGGAAAUUAUUUGUAAAAAAUUCAGUGACAAAGAAAAUAGACUGCUACUCUGUCAUCAACGAUGUGCACAUUAUUAGAAAACUCUGGUCAAUUCCAGCAAUACCAAGGUGGGAAGAUCAGGCUAUCAUAAGAGAC